AUGGUAUGAGCCUAUAAUUUGAUGACAAAAACAAUAGUAACAUUAGCGUUAUGGUUAAACGUAUUGUAAGCUAAAAAAAAGUUAUGAAAUACCACGGUUGACGCGGUAAUUAACUGCGAAAUUUUUAUUACCUUAAUAUAACCGUAUCUUAUUGUAAUAAUACGUUUCUGCGAGCCGGUUUAAGACGAAGUGAGCGGCCGGUUUGUUAAUGAAGUAGGAGGAUGUACGACUACUUGUUUAACGUUAUUGUUUUUAUGCUCGCGGAUUUACCUAAUAUCCGAUGGGCUCAUUCAGUUUCGCGAUCUUAUUCACGGUACAGCUGGUUGAUGAGCCUAAAUUGACUAUUCUUUGACGAAAUUAUUUCUUUUGCCUGAUAUUGUACUUUUAAGUCUGUUUUGUCAGUUUACACAAGCUUUUAUUAGCUACAAAGUUUAUUUAUCUUUUUCUGAUUAAAAUAUAUUGACAUAUACAUCUUGGUAGUGGGUGAACUUGAAAAGGCUAUAUCUUGGUUCUACUGAUCUGGUAUAUAUAAAAAUUGAUCAGUAGGUACACAAGGCAUAGUAGUAUGAUAUUUUACUUAUUAUUUAUAUGUUGGAUUGGUUUUACGACCGUACGAGGGCAUAAUUUGGUAAGUUGUACUUACUGAUCAUGGAUAACAUAAAAUUUGUAUUAAUAGCAAAAAGGUUGUAAAUUCUAGCUUUUUUUUGUAAAAUACGGGUUGCGCUUUUCUUUUAUCAAUUGUUUUAAAGUUUUUGAAAAAAUGCUUGGUGGUCUUUUCAUUCCUAUGAUGUAUAUGUCAUGGUUAAUAUAAUUUGUUGCAUAACUUUUUAAAAAAUGGUUCAAAUUUAAGGUGAUUUGGCAAAAACAAACUUUAUAAAAUUGACUUUGAUUCUAUCAGAAUUACUUUCAUAAAAAUGUAAGAAACUUUCUUUACAGGCCCUUCAAAACGGUGUGUUCGGAGAGCCGCAGAUCUUUUGCGGUCCUGAAGGAAUUCACGUUUUAGUUCACACAAAAGAAGCCUUUCGUGGUCGGCUAUUCGUAGCUGAAGAAGCUGAUCGUCCAGAAUGUAUACAUUCAUAUGUGGAUUCAGAAGACUCGACCAAUUCGGCCGAAUUUCACAUCAAAUUCGGCGGUUGCAACAUGAGAAGGCAACGGACGGUAAGAUCUCACCAUUUUGAUAAUUAUUAAUGCCAUUUAAUAUAUUACUCUUUGUGAAAUAUAUCUAAUUGAAGCAAAAUAAUUGUAGCUAAGUCCACGAGGAGUGUCAUUCAGUUUCGUGUUGGUUACAUCGUUCCAUUCAACGUUUUUAACCGGCUCUGAUAGGGCUUUCAACGUGCGGUGCUUCUUUGUCGAAGCAGUAAAAGGUGUAGAAUCACAGCUACAAGUCAAGUAAGUGCUUUUUAAAAUUUCCAUGGCUUAAAAAUGUCAAUUUUACCAAACUUUGCCAAAAAACUCGUUUUUAGAAAGUGGAAGUAAAGUGGAAGAUUUGCAAUGUAUUUUGCACUAAAAAUCUUCCACUUAACUUUUAUUUUCAAAAUGUCUUCAAAUGGCAUAAAAAUGAGUUUUUGACAUAGAGAUGGAAGUUCGGUGGAAGAAUUUCAGUGCAAAAUACAUUACAUAUCUUCCACUCAACUUCCAUUUUCAAAAAGCCCCAAAAACGUGUUUUUAGGGCAUUCUAAAACUUUCUGAAGUGGAAGUUGAGUGGAAGAUUUUUUAUGUAUUUUGCAUUGAAAAUCUUCCACUCAACUUCCAAUUUUUAUUUUUGCCACAAAACAUCUCCUUGGGCAUUUUUAAGUAAAAAUAAUGGUAAAAACUUAAUUUUCGUUUAAAAAUCUAUUUUUUGUUACUUAAAAAUAGUGUUAAUGCUCUUUUUUUCAGUCAAUUAGUAACAGAACUUGUCCAACAAGAAUUUACCUUGCCUCAAUGUAACUAUUACCUAAAAUCCACCCACGAGUCUUCGUCUCUACGUUUUGCCAGUAUCGGAGACUCGGUAACUCACGUUUGGGAAUGUGAUUCGUCAGCCGCGUGGCUAUAUGGCCUUCUAAUUCACAGUUGCUACGUGGAUGAUGGGCGUGGUAACAAGUUCGAGUUGGUGGAUCAACAUGGCUGUGCUGUUGAUCGAAUGCUGUUGAAUGACAUUGUUUAUGAGGAGAAUGGUGUGAAUGCUUAUGUCAAUUCGCAUGUGUUCAAGUAUGCAGAUAGGGUGCAGCUGUUCUUCACUUGCACCGUGCAGCUUUGCUUUAAGGAGGAUGGAGGGUGCAGUGGGAUUACGGUAGGUUUUAUGGUUUUUAAGAUGUUUUUUCUACCCUACCCUACUCUACCGUACUCUACCCUAACUUUUCCUACCCUACCUUACCCUACCCUACCCUACCCUACCCUACUGUCCUACUCUAACUUGCACUACCAUACCCUGCUUUCCUCUAACCUAUCCUAAAUUACUAUACCUUACUCUACCUAGGCUAGGCCCUAUACUGGUCUUCACUUUACCCUACUCGUCCUUGCAAUGACCUACCCCAACUUUUUCCAUUUACUAUACCUCAUAUCUUUACCUCAACCCGUUCACUUACAUACUAUUCCUUGACCAUUGCAAAACCGACCGAAAGAAAUUUUUUUUCGAGAGUUAUAUAAUAAUUGCGAUAUUACCUAAUUUUAUGACAUAACUAGAUAGCCUAAGAGAAAUUGCAAGAAACCGUGUUGCGCAACGUUUUAUUGUGUAAUAUUAUAGCUUUUUAUAACAUUUGCCUCGAUGUAAAACGACCCAAAAAAUUACUGCGAGUGCUGGGAUUUUACCCUAUUUUACUUCGAGAAGGUGUUAUUUGUCUAACGUAAUUUAUUGUAAAUAUUAAGCCUAAGCCUACUAAGCCCAACACUACUAAGCCUAAGCCUACUAAGCCUAAGCCUACUAAGCCCAACACUACUAAGCCCAACACUACUAAGCCUAAGCCUACUAAGCCUAAGCCUACUAAGCCUAAGCCUACUAAGCCUAAGCCUACUAAGCCUAAGCCUACUCAGCCUAAGCUUACUAUCUUAAGUUUAAUAUCAUGAAUCAUUAAACACUUAAUUUUAGCCCCCACAAUGUGGCCAUGGUCAGCCCAUUCCACCCCUAGCCCAAAGAAAGUUUGUCAAUCACGAUUCAGUGGAAUCACAAGAACAUUCCGAACCUCAUCGUUCUCUAACGUUACAAAGCGUCCAAGAGCGACAAAGAGCCGCCCACAACCUGUUCAAAUCUAUACCUAGAAGAGGAUUGAAUCUUCCAGGAGCACCAAAGCUGUCACCUAGAUUGAAAGAUGACCCAGAUAAGGAUAUUGAGUAAGUGCAAGAAGAUGGGAGUUGAGUGGAAGAUUUGUAAUGUAUUUUGCACUGAAAAUCUUCCACUCAACUUCCAUUUUAAAAAAGUCUUAAAAUGACCUAGAAACACGUUUUUAACACUUUUUAAAGAUGGAAGUUGGGUGGAAGAUUUCCGGUGCAAAAUACAUUACAAAUCUUCCACUGAAUUUCCACUUGUAAAAAUGCUUAAAAACGUGUUUUCUGACCAUUUUAAGACAUUUUGAAAAUGGAAGUUAAUUGGAAGAAUCCUAGUGCAAAAUACAUUACAAAUCUUCCACUCAACUUCCACUUCUCAAAAUGCUCAAAGUUAGUUGUUUUUUUGGUUUUCUUCAGCAUUUAUGGGCUGGGACGAAAAUGAUUGCCAUUUUUUGACCGCUAAAAUCGUUGAACUAUUCUUUCUUUUGAUCAAAAACAACCUCCAAAGACAUUUUGAUCAAAAACAACCUCCAAACCCUUUCCUUCUCUAUCCGCUCUCUUCUUUCUCGCCCCACCGUCAAACCCAGUCGAAAAACAAGUGCCAACGCUAACCUAACCCUUUGCCUUGCCUUUUGGAGUAUCGCUUCUCGGCCUUUUGGCUAAGAUCAAAGUGUAGUAUCUGUUCUUAUCGGUUUAAUCUCCGGUACGACUUCUAUUGAAGUCAUUCGAGAUUAACAGAUUUUUGGGACCAGCUGAGUUGCGAAGGCUUGCCUUCCGCUCGGCAAGGGUCGGCCCGGUCUUGCACCUACUUCCGGGAACGGCCCAUAUAUUUUUGUCUUUUUAUACAAAAAGAAUGGCAAGAACUUUCUUUACAAAACAAAAAAUAUCAAGAACUUUCUUUACAAGCCUCUAAAAUUAACAUUUUUUCAGAAAACUAGUCCAAGAUGGAUCAGAAAACGACUUGAACAAGACCUUAUCCGAAACUAAUGAUACUGUAACAGAAGGGAAGAGACUAGGGAGAGAUGCUCUUAACUUUAUGGAAACUGAUCUGAGUACUGAGCUUACUGUAAUGCCAUUGGACGAGGAGAUACGUGGUAAGUUGAAAGAGUAGGGUAGGGUAGGGUAGAGUAGGGUAGGGUAGGGUAGGGUAGGGUAGGGUAGGGUAGGGUAGGGUAGGGUAGGGUAGGGUAGGGUAGGGUAGGGUAAGGUAGGGCAAGGUAUGGUAAAUGUACAGUUUUCUUUUGGAAGUGGAAAAACGAGCAUCUAGGGCAGGGUAAAUUUUUUCAAGUUUUUUUGGGGGUGGAUAUUUGAAAAUCAUGGGCGGGGUAAUUUUCUGAUUAAAAAUCCUGAGGAGGGGGCUGUAAGCUAUAAAAAUUAAUUUUCAGACCAAAAACCUCGAGAAACAAUCUCAACACUGCCCUAUGUUAAUCAUCCUGCUGUGUGUAUCAGUAGAGUUGGUGUUUUCACCCUAGCGUCAGUGUUCGUUCUGAUACUCUUUGGUACUGCACUGAUGUCUGUCGUACUGUAUAAUCGACGAAAACAGGUCGAAAUCGCUGCGCAAACUCGGAAGAUUUAUUUGACUGAAUAA